GCCUCCUGUGUAAAUAUUUGAUGUUCUGUUUCAGCAUCGUGUGGAAGCUGCUACUCCUUCGCCACCAUGGGAAUGCUGGAAGCUCGAAUUCGAAUCCUCACCAACAACACCGACACCCCCAUCCUCAGCCCCCAGCAAGUGGUCUCCUGUUCCGAAUAUUCUCAAGGUUGCGAUGGUGGAUUUCCAUACCUGAUUGGGAAGUACGUGCAAGACUUCGGUCUGGUGGAUGAGUCGUGCUAUCCAUACAUUGGAAAGGACUCUCCCUGCGGUCUCCCUCAGAACUGUGGUCGCAUCUACACCGCCGAAUACAGCUAUGUUGGCGGGUUCUAUGGCGGCUGCAGUGAGAUGGCUAUGAUGUUGGAACUGGUCAAGAAUGGACCAAUGGGAGUGGCCUUUGAGGUCUAUCCCGACUUCAUGCACUAUAAGGAGGGCAUCUACCACCACACAGGCCUCGGAGACGCCUUCAAUCCCUUCGAGCUGACCAACCAUGCCGUGCUGUUGGUGGGCUACGGCCGCUGCCACAUGACCGGUCAGAAGUACUGGAUUGUCAAAAACAGCUGGAGCACCAACUGGGGCGAGGACGGCUACUUCAGGAUCCGCAGAGGCAGCGACGAGUGUUCCGUCGAGAGCAUCGCCGUGGCAGCAAACCCCAUCCCCAAACUGUAGACGCUCAGAGAGGUUUAACAAUCAGUCAUUCAUAAAAAUGUUAUACUAGGAAUUAGUUAAAAGCAUAAAAAGGGACACAAAACGUAUCUUUUAUGGUUGAUUUAGUAUUAUAACAUAUCAUUCAUUUGAAUUGGAGUGAAACUGCUAUUGUGCUCUUUUGAAGCCAUGAAUUUAGCACGCCUGCCUACAAAGGUUUUUAACAUCUGUUUUAUUUUUUCCAAUUUCAUCAAUCACCUAUGGAUGAUUUGAAUUCAAGCUUUAACUGCCAACACAAACUUGGAAACAAAAUGCAUCGGGUCUUACUUGAAUGCUGAAUGGUACUAAAAUCUAAAAGUUUUGAUGCACAAUGUUACUGCAGAUGUGAAGGGAUUUCAAUUGAAAGGGAACUGAGGAGUGUUUGUGUUUUAUUGUCAGGUGCAGGACUUUGAUUCUUUUUCUCAGGGAAGCAACGGUGCAGAAUUGCAACCUCUUUUGUCCUUGCACCAAAUUGAAAAUGUUACUGCCAUGUUUCUCUGUGGAGCAUUUUAACUGGAAUUGUUCAUCAAUCAGAAUAAGGGAUUAAAUGAUUGUAUUCUGAUUUGCACUGAUGUUUUACAUUUUGAUGGAAUAAAAGCAUUUAUAAAUGUUA